UAUACUAUUGUCCGAAGUGGAUAAAACCAUUAAACAUUAGUUGAUCGUCAGAUGAAUGACUUGAUUCUUAAAAAAAAAUUAAUUUUAAUUAAAAUAUUAUUAUUUAGUUCCUAAGAAGCAAGUAGAAGUAAAUGGAAAGAAAGAAAAGAAUAAUAAAUUGGAAGAUAAGACUGAAACUUCUAUCGUUCAGAGGACAAGUCCAUGUUCUGUAGAUUCGGGCAACAGUUCCCAUCACCCUGGACAUUUCGUAGUUGUGGCCAUUGAUUUUGGCACCACAUACAGCGGUUAUGCAUUUAGCUUUGUACGUGAUCCUGAUAAUAUUCACAUGAUGAAGAAAUGGGAAGGAGGUGAUCCUGGAGUUAUAAAUCAAAAAACUCCUACGACUUUAUUAUUAACGCCAGACAAGAAAUUUCAUUCAUUUGGGUAUUCUGCACGAGAUUAUUAUCAUGAUUUGGAUCCACAGGAAGCGAAAAAAUGGCUGUAUUUCGAAAAAUUUAAGAUGGCUUUACACCAUAAUGAACAUUUAACUUUAGAUACCGAAAUAAAAGCAUCGAAUGGAAAAGCUCUUGCAGCGGUGACUGUUUUUGCUCAUGCACUCAGGUACUUCAGAGAACACGCUCUUCAAGAACUCAGUGAUCAAUCUGCCACAAGAAUAACUAAUGAUGAUGUUCGUUGGGUCGUCACCGUUCCAGCAAUUUGGAGACAACCAGCCAAACAAUUCAUGAGAGCUGCUGCAUACGAAGCAGGUAUUGCUACUUCCGAAUAUCCGGAUCAACUAUUAAUAGCAUUAGAACCGGAGGCUGCAUCUAUAUAUUGUCGUCGAAUGCGAAUGCAUCAACUGGUGCCAGAAAUUCCUUAUAACCAACGUCAAUGUGCCAACGAUGGGACUCAAUCAAAAGAGAUUGGUCAAGAAUUAACUAAGCUGAACAACAAAGGUACAAAGUACAUGGUGGUCGAUUGUGGAGGAGGAACCGUUGAUAUUACAGUUCACGAAUUACUUGAUAAACAGGGUACUUUAAGAGAACUUCAUAAGGCAACGGGUGGCCCCUAUGGUUCCGUAGGAGUAGAUAUGGAAUUCGAAAAUUUACUGAGGAGUAUUUUCGGAAGCGACUUCAUAGAUCAGUUCAAGACUAAACGACCUGCAGGAUUUGUUGAUUUAAUGAUUGCUUUUGAAGCCAGGAAAAGAAACGCGAGCCCUUUCAAAGCCAAUCCGCUUAAUAUCUCAUUACCGUUUUCUUUCAUCGAUUAUUACAAGAGAUGUAAAGGAACCACUGUAGAAAAUACCAUCAAACGUUAUAAUCACAAACAUGUAAAAUGGUCUUCGCAAGGGAUGCUGCGUGUGGAACCACCUGCUAUGAUGCAACUUUUUCAACCUACAUUAGAACAUAUUAAAGAACACAUUGCUAAUGUACUUAACAGUCCUGAUGUUAAUAAUAUCAAUUACCUUUUCCUUGUCGGUGGAUUUGCAGAAUCUCAGAUUUUACAAAAAGAAGUAAGAGAUACAUUUUCUCCCUUUGUCAAAGUGAUAAUUCCCCAGGGAGUGAGCUUAGCUAUUCUAAGAGGAGCAGUUAUAUUUGGCCUAGAUCCAACUAUUGUUAAUGUUAGAAGAUUGCGUAUGACAUAUGGAGUUGGAGUUCUUAAUCGUUUCAUACAUGGAAUUCAUCCUCCAGAGAAACUUAUUGUUAAAGAUGGUAUAGAAUGGUGUGCAGAUAUAUUUGAUAAAUUUGUGGUGACUGACCAGUCUGUGGGUCUUGGUGAUGUUGUUACGCGCAGUUACACUCCAGCCAAAGCAGGACAGACUUGUAGUGUUAUUCAUAUUUACAGCAGUGAGAGAGAUGACGUGCAUUUUAUUACAGAUCCAGGUGUUCAGAGAUGUGGAACUCUUGUCUUAGAUUUGAAUGACAGCAAAUAUUUAACCAAUAUGCCUCACAGAAGAGAAAUUCAAAUGAGGGUGACUUUUGGUGAUACAGAAAUCAAAGUUAGUGCCUUGGAUCUAGUUACAGGAAAAUGUGUUAAAGCAGAUAUUGAUUUUCUUAAUCACUAAUGUCAUACCAAAUUUACAUACUAGUCAACGAAAAGAGCUUUGUUAAUUAUGGGAAACAAAAAUGAUAAUGCAUCAAUCCCUGUAAAUUAGCUAUUUGAAUCUUGAAUCAAGUCAAAAUCAGAAUGUAAAUACAAAUAUUCAUGUGCAGUUCAAUGAUAUGUAUAAGAAAUUAAAUAUAUAAACUAUGUUAAGAAUAGUCUUUUCUAUUUAAUUAAUUGUAAUUGUUUAUACUGCCAUUAAUUCUUAAAAUGUUAAUUACUGAAAGUAAUUUUGU